ACGGUAAUGAAGGCACAGUCUACCAAAGAUUCUUCCAACUCAAGUAAUUCUACAUUUGCUCCUGUUUUUGAGGCUAGGAAUAGGGAUGCUUUUACUGCAGAAGAACAAAAGUUGUUGGACACAGUGGGGGUUCAUGAAGCAGUUGCAGGUCAAGCAACGCAGUUAACUAGGAAGUCGGUUCCGUCUCACUUUUUAAACCAUGUACCUACAGAAGUGACCUUGAGGCACUACCAGUUAUGGAGAGAAUACAUCAGUUCCAAGAAACCAGUCAUAGACAUUCAGGUAGACCCCGUCUUUGGCUCUUACGAACUUACUAUGAUUGGAAGUGAAAGACGAGGAAUCUUAGCGGACCUAACAGAAACUCUCAAGUCAGAAGGUCUAGACGUUAUUUCUGCGAAGAUAUUUUCCUUACCUAACCACUCUGUGAUGGAUAUCUUUCGGUUCGAUGACCACGAAGGAAUUUUGGCAGAUGAGGAGAAAGCCAGUCGGUUGCAUCAAAAACUUUGGAAUGUGGUCUCUCCAGAACUCCAAGAGGAGACUGGACAUAAUAUAGCAAACGCUGAAAUUUCUUCGCGUCAUACAACUUCAGAACCUAGUUCCUCCCCCUCCUCCUCGCUUGUAUUGCAGUCUGCUGAUAUGAGUGAGAAGAUAAAACAAUUAGACUCGGACGUCUCAAAAAAUCCUUCUCUACUUGCUGAACAACUUCAUCGGCAGUCCGGAGACUUGAUUGCCUUUGAAAGACAAGAUAUGGACUCAUCAGUGAAUGAAAAAGAGAGUCAUCAUUUGGGUGGGCAGUCCUUUGAACCAGUUAGAGAAACAGACACUUUAUCAUUUCCAUUCAACGAGUAUUUUUUACAUACUUCAAGAAGACAUUCGAUUGAAAUCAUGGAGAGCGUUGCAUCUUGGAAUAGUGCUCCAAGGACUCCCGUAUCGAAUGGCAAAAAGUUAACCAAAUCCCUUUUAAAGUCUUUUUCCAAUCUAGCUAUGGUUGAUUUAGAAACAGGAAAAGAAGAACUAUCUAAUGACCGUAUGAAAUUAGAUACUGAAACACGUUCCAACAUGAAAAUGUUACAAGUUGAUAUGUUGAGUAUAGAGUAUGACUUGUAUUUGAUUGAUAUUCAUAAUCGACUAUGGGAUGAGUAUCCUCCUUGGUUGUGGUUUAGUAUCCAUGCCAAGACAAUAUCGUUAUUUAUUGCUACCGUAUCUGAAGAACAACUGGAUAGGUGGUUCUUAGGAAUCCAGUCUCUUCUACCUGAUAUUCGUACAGAGAAGUAUUUAACUAAACGUGAUUUAUUGUUGAAACGAUUGAAAGCAAAGUGUCGUCAUAAGGCUCAUCGUAAAGGACUUACAUUAUUUCGACAUGUCCUGAAUACUGUCAAAUAUAUCGGCAACAUUAUAUAUAGCCAUGCUUCCACUAUUCAUCAAAUAGAAGAAGCAAAGUAUCAUUCAGAUUCCAUCAUGGAAGAUUAUUUGGAAUGGAAUCAAGGACAGACUAUUGACAUAUUAAAAAGACAAUUGGAAGCUGCUAAUGAACAGAUAGAACAUCUCACCCGAGAAUUAGAAUUAUCUUCUUCAAGAGUGGCUAUUUUGAAGAAUAAGCUAAAGUUGGUACAACGCAGUUGGGAAGUGGAUUUUGGUGAAAUCAAAAAGUUGGAAAAGAUUGGAAACGGUGCAUAUUCGGAACUUUUCAAGGCAGAAUGGAGAGGUACUAUUGUUGCUGUGAAAUUAAUGAAAGCACAAGAGACGUCCGAAGAAGUGUUACGUCAAUUUCAUGAUGAAGUGAAUACUCUUUCCAAGUUGAGGCAUCCGAACAUCGUUUUGUUUAUGGGUGCUUGUGGAAGACCACCUAAUGUCUCCAUAAUUACGGAGUUUUGUUUUGGAGGCAAUGUAUAUAAUGCUUUGAGAAAACCCUUUUGGAAAAAGUGGACUCACGUUGACUUGGUUUAUCUUGCAAGAGAUGCUGCGAGAGGAAUCUUGUAUCUACAUUCCAAUAAGAUCAUUCAUCGAGAUGUAAAGAGUCAAAACCUUCUUCUGGACAAACCCAUUGAGACAGGUAGACCAACCAUAAGAGUUGCUGACUUCGGUUUGAGUAGAACGCUCAUUGGUGGUAGUAACUCGACCACUGGAAUCAUGACUAGUGAGACUGGCACUUAUCGCUGGAUGGCACCAGAAGUUAUUCGUCAUGAACAUUAUUCUGAAAAAGUAGAUGUGUAUUCCUUUGGAGUAACUUUAUGGGAAUUUUUUUCUUGUGAAGUUCCCUUUGCUCGACUGACACCUAUUCAAGCAGCUUUUGCAGUAGCUGAUAAAAACUUGAGACCAGAUUUGACUAUCAGUCGUUCAGGUCGACAAUUUCAGAUACCUUUGGCAUGGAAGUAUCUUAUUGAACGUUGUUGGGAUGCGGAACCCAUGAAGAGACCAAGUUUCGGAGAUAUUAUUUGUGUGUUGAAUGAAAUGGAAGAAAUGGAACCCAAUCAACUUGCCAGUCAUUGGAAAGGAAUGGAAGAGUCAUCAUUGGAAAGGAAUUCCCGUGCGACUAUUUCAUAACCACGAAGAGAGAGCAGAAUAAA